UUCGCACAAUAGAAUAUUUCUCUCACCUCCUCCUCGUUGACGUCAUGCCCACAGAACUUCCAAACUAAAAAACUACUUGCCUAUGUUGGCAACAUUGACUGUAAGAUUGACGGAUGUCAGGAAUUUUGAAAUUUAGCGCAAUUUUCAUAUAUAAAAAAAUAAGUUGUGUAAAGUUCCACUUUGCUGCAGAAAAUUAUUUGGAGUUUACUAAAAUCCCCCAUGGCAAUGCACGGUUUGGAUAAGCAGUCAAAAGGGGCCACUAAUGAGCAUUUAAGAAAAAUUUACAAUACAAGCGCACACCAAAGUCAACCCCCAAAACGAAGAGGCUUAGUAAAAAAACACAAUUGCCUAAACUCAGAAGCAAAGAGCGAAGCUUGUCUUCUAGGGGCCUCAUCCUCUAGGCCUGGCACUAGAAGAAACGAUAACGCAACUCCAAAAGAACCACUGCCGUAUAGAUCCUUUUCAACUGCGCCCUUCUAUAACGCGGAACCCAUGUUCAAAUUGAAGCAGAAAAAACGCCAUUCUGUGUUAACAACCAGAAGCGUGAACAAUCCAUCGACUGAAUCUCAAAGCACAAGACUUCACUUGGAAUUGCCACAAGAUAAUUCACAAACUAGUGAACACGUUUCGGCUCCCACUAGUCAAAGAACGUCAAUUAGUAAAGAAGAAGAUCAUAGCCGAGGAGAGGAUUCAAAUACAUCACCCACUGGAAGCGCAGAAGACCACGAAUACCUGUUAUUUCUCCUUCGCAUUACCGAAGACAUUAUUUCCAAUGACUUCUACUCAAACAGUGAUAUAAAAAGGCUCUUCAAAUCGCAUGUGGAUUUGAACAAAGACCGGCUGAACAUGAGGAAGAUGCAUCUUCAUAUAGUCAAUCUUUGCAAAGAGUUGAAUAUCGACUGCAAAGAAUAUCAAACGCUUGAAGAUGUGAAUCAACCUGAUUCCCUAAACAAGUUCCAGAAUUCCCCCAAUGGACACAGCUACGUUUUAAGCAGCGAGGCUUUUCAAGGUUGUAGGGAUUGUUCGGUGAUUCGUACAUCGUCUCUAUACAAAAUGCAAUCUAUAGCUGAAAGCCACAAUUUAUCGGGAGACCAUAAUACGAUGGGGAAUGUUUCUCCAGUCACUCCCAGUUUAUUAAAAUUGUUGCAGAAAUUGAGUUUAGGGAGAGUAACUGAACGCACAGAGCCUGCGGCAUCAACAAGCACAAUUAAUUCUUCCAAUUUGCACAUUCCAAACACCAUUGAGAACGACGAAGAAAAUGAUGAUUUUGAUGGAGAAAAAGGACCUACAGAUUUCGACACUUUCGUCAAAGAACUCAAUUCUAAAGAAACGAAUUUAGAAGCUUUGAACCAGAAAGGUAAUGAUGUGGCUACUUUCAAUGACCCCUCAGAGGAGCCAGUAGCAGAUCUAUUUAGUGAAAAAAACCAACACGAAGCAUUAACAGAUUCUAACUCAAUUGAUUCAGUCAAUGUAACACAGACUCCGAUUGGAGGUAGUAAAACAGACAUUGAGUCAUCAGAAAAACUAGCGACAAAUAGUUACAGUACUUCCGACUUCGAAAAGUGUAGUUUAACUAAUAGCGCAACAACAGCUCGAAAAGCUGAGAGAGAGACGGAAGAAGUAACAAAGGAUGUUGAGGAGGAGAGAAUGGAAUCUGCUAUUCCCGAAUUGAACUCUGAAAAGCUUCGAGAAAAUGAUGAUUUAGAAAGCGUUGCAAGCAGGAAAAUUCAAAUUUUAACAAAAGAGCGUGGAAAUAUGCUUCCAAAGAAUAAAACAAAUGCGACUUAUUCAAAGUCUUUAACGGCAUUGACAGAAUCGCCCCAAAAUACCACCUCUAACAAGCUACACUCAGUCCCAACUUCGGCAAGAAGUAAUCUAAUCCCGGACGAAGAUUCAAUCUUGCCUUUGUCAGACAAAAAAGCUGAUGAUACUGAAUUUUUAAACCUUAAACAAUUUGAGCCACUGGAAAUCUUAAAACAACCUGAGCAUUGUCGAGAGAUAACCAACUCCAAGGAUGCCAAUCCGCAUUUAGAGAAUGAAGAAAAACCAUGUAAAACAUCCGAUCUUAAAGUCAUCCUGCAGGGUUCAAUAAAGGAUGAGGAUUAUGUAAUGAUCAAAGGCCCUGUGUAUGUUUACAAAGCGUUGCUGGAUUCGCAGCCAAAAUUAAUCGUUUUGGCUGAAAACUCAGAGCAAACAAGACGCGAUUCAAUGGACAGCCACAAAACGUUUACAGUAGAAAACAGGGAUGUUCCAGAGAAAACUAACCUGGAUCAAGGAGUGCAGUACGAUGUAAGUCUUCACUCCUUGGAAGCGGAUACUUCAAUGGAGAAUAUCCUCGAGCUAACCAGGACAGCUUACAGUCAGUUUAUGGACAUGAAACUGCUCGACUCCGAUUAUGACUUGACGCCUGAAAAGGACAGGUCGGACAACAAGUACCAUCACUUGCUUCUAGAUGCAACAACUAGCGUAUCUGGAGUGAAUAUUCCAGAAAGUUUGCUGCUGAGCGAUGAAUAUUUGGUGCAAAAUAAUCGAUUCACCUCUACAUCAGACAAGAAAAUUGGAGAAUCUCGGGCAGAAGUGGGAAUUGAAAAUAUUAUAGAUGAUCUUGGAUACAGAAGGUUUGAACCCAAACUCUGUGAAAAAAGCUACGUGCUCCACAGUAAGUUAACUUCAAGCGUCAGUAUGCCCAAGUUAAAACUGACCGGCGAUGCAUCUAUAAGAGUCCAAAACAAGAGUAUUGCCAAGCAACGAUCCAGCGAUUUGAUUCAUUUCCAACUUUCAUCGCAAGAUUCUUCUUUGAGAUCAGAAGGUGAAGCCGUAAAUAAUAUCGACUUCAAUUAAAUAGUUCGAUAAAAUAUCUUUCUAAGUUGAGUGAUGCGCAUUAUUUAUGAUUAACUUUGGCAGGACUAGUAAAGGAGCGGCCAUCAAAAACCAUAAGUCGGUAUAAUUUUAAUUAAAAUUUCUAAACUUUUGAUUCCAUAAAAAAUCCAAAUGACCGGGUCGAUUAUUGCAAUAUGAAGACCGACUUUCCCCAGUUAAUCUUAAAGCGUUUGCUACAGUUCCUAUGUAAACGCCAUGAAAAAUAAAAUGUGCAAACUAAUUGAAAUAAUAAACAUACAUUCCAUCAAUUA